CUUCCAAACCAUCAUUCUAAAAGUUCCUUCAGUCGUUAAAGCAACUUCAGCAAGGCAAUACAAUAAACCAGAAAGAACAAUGGCUCAGGUAUUCUACAGACUUCUUGCAUUUUUGUUAGUAAUUACCUUGUAUUCAAUGGUUUUCGAAUCCGCUGAAGGAACUUAUAGAAAGCCACCCUUUAAUGGUUCCAUUUUUGGUAAACGCACUAGUGCCAGUGGUGUUGUUACUGGAGAUUAUGAAAAUGCCAAUAAGGCCAUAUCAGCAAUGUGUGAAAUCGCUGUAGAUGCUUGUUCUACAUGGUUUCCUUCUCAAGAAAAGUAGUUUUUUUUCUCAAGUGAACCUACUUACACUUAUAAAAAUAAGCGA